AUGGAGAGUUUCCAGAAAUGCAUUUUGCUUCCCCUCAUCCUGACUGCCUCGCUGCCAGGUCUGGGCUUUUGUUACUCCAUCACAAAAGGCCCUGAGAACGCCACAGUGCUGGCUGGCUCUGAGGCCAGGUUCAACUGCACAGUGUCUGCAGGAUGGAAAGUCCUCAUCUGGCUCUCCCAGGGCAGCCCUGUGCUCACUGUGCUCAGCUCCCAGGGCUCUGUGGAGACCACAGAACGCUUCACCUCCAGGAACUACAGCACUGGGGAUGAGUUCACCUCGGAGCUGAUCAUCCACAACACCCAGCUGAGUGACUCUGGCAGGAUUGAGUGCAGCAUCCAGCAACCCAGCCAGAACAACUUUGCCUUCCUCUCUGUUCAAGUUAAUGGAUCUUUACUCAUCAAAAAUAGCACCUUAACAGUAAAAGACAACCAAACAAUUGAGAUUGUUUGUGAAGCCUUAGGAUGGGCUCCAGCUCCAGACAUUGCCUGGAUGACAAAUGACUCUUUGGUUGAUAAGUCGAGCUAUGUUACCCAGCAAAGCCCAGGAUCUCAUGGCCUCCACAAUGCCCUGAGCACCUUAACUCUGACUCCGAGGGACACGGAGGUUUUGACUUGUUUAGCUGACAUAGAAGCACUCCCCAGCCCUCAGAAUGCAACUGUAACUCUUAUUUUUGACAACUCUGCCACGGAAAAUUAUUACAGUGAAGACAACAGGAGCACAUGGGUUAUUGUACUUGCAGUUGUGCUUUCAUUUCUUGGCAUUGUUCUCCUGGUCGUUAUUGUUGUGGUUGCUGUGCGCUGCUGCCUGAAGAGGAGAGGAUCUACUUAUCAAAAUGAAAUAAGAAAAGUUUCAGCUGAGAAGAAAAAAGAAGGUGAUUUGGAAGACAGGCAGAGGAGCGGCAGUGAAAAUCUGGGAUACAUUCCAGAGGAACUGUGGAACACAGAGCACAGCCCAGGACUUUCCUCUCUUCCCCCAAUGUUUUCCAAGUUUGCUGGCCCUGAUGACAAUUUGCACAUCAGCUCUGUACCAAAGGUGCGGCCUCAAAGGCGUCCUGAUUAUCCCAUCAGCCCAAAGAAAAUCAGGAAUGUGACACUCGUGUAG